AUGGCGCCGAAAACGACGUACUCGGCUGACGACAUGGCAAAUGCCAUCGACGACAUUAUUAACAAGACCAAUACGGCAGUGAAUGUUGCGAUGAAAAAACAAAGCUAA